GAAAUCUCAAUACAAAUCGAGUCAUGUCAUUCUCAUUCAUUGUGAUAUAAUAGUGUUUACUAUUUCUUAUUUGUAGUAGUAACUAAACAAUAAAAUAAGCAAUGACUUUAUUAUAAUUUGAGUGUAUUGAUUUCAAAUCAUACUAAAACAUAAUAUCCUAUAAUCAGAUAUGGUUUAAAGGUGUAAACGUGCUUGUCUUAUACCAGCUGCUAAAAGUGCAUCGUCCCACUUAUUGGUAUAAGUGUAUCGUAAAAUAUUGAAUGAUAAAAUAACAUAAUAUCAAUUAAAAUGGCAUUUUAUACAUGUAAUCGAUAUAGAUUAAUAGUAAUACUACUGCUCGUGUUGAUUAUGUGGCAGUUCUUUCGCCUGUUGCCUGAUAAAUCUGCCACACAAAUAUCAGAGUCUGGUAUAGUGGAGUUGGAAGAUGAUAAGUAUAAUAAGCAUAAACAAGACAAAGUUAAAGUGAGGGUGUAUUAUGAAGCCCUCUGUCCGGACUCCAAGCAUUUCUUUGUGAGGCAUCUGGGACCAGUGACAGAAAAGCUAUCAGAGUUCCUAGAUGUUACAUUAGUACCCUAUGGAAAGGCUACAACCAAAGAAGAGAAUGGGAAGUAUUUCUUCCAAUGUCAGCAUGGUGAGGAAGAGUGUUAUGCUAACAAGAUCCAUGCGUGUGCAAUAGAGGCUGUGGCAAACAUGACUACUUCUGUCAAGAUAACUGAAUGCAUGAUCUCAGACAAUAUGGAUGCUGAUGGUGCUCUUGCCAGGUGUGCAAAGGAAAUGAAGAUUGAAGCUGAUCCUAUCAGUCACUGUGCGCAUAAUGACCUUGGAACUAAUUUACUAAAGAAACAUGGAGAUGAUACCCAUAUAUUGAAGCCAACAUUUAUUCCGACAAUAACAAUCAAUGGUUCAAGGGACAAUCAAGCUGCCAUACUGAAAAAUUUCCUAUUAGAAGUAUGCAAAUUGAUUGACAUGCCUCUACCACCACCAUGCUUGUGACAAAACAAAUUUUAUCGUCCAAACUUGCAUAACAUACUCCAGCAUUUUGAGUAAAUCCAUGAAUUCCAGUGUUUUGUUAAUGUUAAGCUCAAAUUUAAAUUGCUCAGUUAAUACUUCCAUGAAUUUUUUUUAUACUAUGGCAAUUACCAAUGCUGUGUACGCAGUAUGCCUACAUUGUACAAUUUGCAACAGCUUAAUCCUAUUGAUUGUAUUCCAUUCAAAUAAAUUACUCAUGGUAAGCAAUUAGAAAUGCACUAUCAUGUGCUAUGGUUGGUUAAGAAAAUUAUUGGUUAAGAAAAUCAUUUUAUUGAAUGUUUUGGGAACUAAAAAGGCUAUUGAAGUAUUAUAUUCAAAAAUAUAAUUUUGGUGAUAUGUUAGAUGUAUUAAUUGUUUGUUUAUAUAAACUAAGUACCUAAGUUGUAAUGGGUUGUGUUUCCUAAACUUUAAUGAGUCAAUGAACAAAUAUUUUUAGAAAUUUUCUGACCAAACAACUUUGGUUGUUAUUGCAUUUAGUGAUAACUAUUUUGUUUAACAAACUGUUGUAUUUUUAUAAUUUUAAUUUACCCAUGUUUCUAUAAAACCUUUUCCAGUCAAUUUAUAAAAUGUAAUCAUGAUGAAUUUCUCAUACUAGUAGGUCCAGUAUAAACUAAUAUACUUACUUAAUUAAAUCAUUCAUGAUAAUAUUUUACGCUUUAGGUUAAAAGUCUGAACAAACUAUGUAUGUAUAAUCCAAACUAGGAGAUAUUUUUAGUAACAGUAUUUUUUUUAACUGUCUGUAAAUUUACUUUUCAUAAAUCAUAGCUAAAAUGUACGUGGAUAUAACCAUAACAGUAAGGGUUUCUUUUAAGGGAACAUGUGAUGAAAAACCCAUUCAUUUUACAUAUAAUAUUACGUAUUGUUUCCAGCUUUUUGUAGCAGAUCAUUAAUUUAUAAUAUCAUUGACAUUAUCAUUUUUGUGGCCCACAUUUAAGUUUUUACAGAGCCAGUGUAAGAACUUAAAAAUGUAUAAGGCAUUUGCUUAUGCGGUGGCAUUGGUAAAAAUACGUAAAAUUCCGAUAUUACGGACUGUUUCAGAUACAACAUUCAAAAUAAUAAAAGUUAUAGUGUCUUCCUAAGGUGUGAGAUGAGACUAAAAUUCCAUAGAUGUUUGAUUUUACGAAAAAACGAUUUAUUAUUAUUAUGCACUAUAUUUAAAGUCAAUGAAGAGGCUCGAUGUUUAUCUUAAGGUAAAAGGGAAAGAAACUGCGAUAGUUGCAACUCUUAGCAAGGUUUACUUUAUUUCUGGGGUAGAUGUAGUGGGAAAAUGUCGUUUUGUUGUACUGUGCAUAGAUUGUAGAAAUGACGCUGUGAAUUUAAUAAUAAAAUUAUAAUGUCUCGAACAUAAAAAAAACCUUAUUUGUAAACUAUUGUGAGCCCUAGUCAUGGUCUUAGCGAUCUUCCCAAAUAUAUAACAUUAUAACCUUGUUGCAAAACUAACUUUAAUUUCAAACUUACACUUUACAAAGUCUUGGCGCACAAUAAGUAGUACUCCAUUUGAUUAGGCACUUAUAGUAUAAAGAUCUUGACAAUUUGAACAUUCUCUAUGUCUUCUUAGUUCAAAAAUAAAGUGUGGCUAAAAAUCAAUGUAACUACAACGAUAACAAUUAACUUAAUUGAAUCAUUAAUUUAAGCUGUGGCUUAGGCAUUUAAUAAGCAUUUGUGUAAAAGUAUCAAGAUAAUUAGUAACAUAAUCAUUAACCAAUAAACAUGAAAACCACAAAUGGUACCAUCAGCAGUUGUUGUAGCUAUUCUAUAAAACUUUCCACAAGACCAUCUUAUACUGGUGGCAAGAUUAUUUUAUUAUUUUACAUUUUAGAGGAGCAACCAACAUAGAAAAUAUAUACCGAGUAAACUAUGCAAAUUGAAUUACUUCUUUAUCUAAAAUGUUCACAGUAACAUUGAAUACGUACUUCAUAAUGCGCAAAAUGAAUAAAUAUAAUUCUAAAAAGCAAUAAGUACAGAAAUAUUGAAAUACCUACAGCUUGUUCUGAGAAAUGGCGAACGCAUUUAUUGUUCUACGAACCGACUAAUUUAUACAUGAUUAUUAAAUUAUGCGCUAUUGUUGAUUGGAAGCGAGUCAAUUAAAUACCUACCUACAAUUUAUAUAAUGCAUUGCCGUUUGUCAGUAUUUUGGAAAAUGUUAGCGAAAUGAAAGAACCUCCUCCUUUUUGGGAAGUCGGUUAAAAACUGAUAACAUGUUUAUCUGUAUUGCAGUAAAUUGAGAACGUUUUUCUGCAAUUUUGUAACCAGAAAGCUGAGUGAAACUGGGGAAGAAAAUAAUACUUAAUAAAUGUACUUUUUAUUUGCUUACUUCUUUAGUAUGUAAGAAAAAUGAAAGGCAACAUAUGUUAUAUUGUUAUUGUAUUAUGAAUAGCGCGGCACUUUACAUAUUGUGAAGCAUUAUGUUUUAGCGUUGUUAGCCAAUUCAGACAAAUAAAAUGUGGGUUGUAUUUAUGUACGGAUAUUAUUUUUUUUUCUCUUGCCGUCGACCUUAAAAUAGCGUUAAUAUAUAAUAAGUAGGUAUUUUGUGAAUGGGAAAGUAGAUAGGUAUUUUAUACCUAAAACCAGUGUGAUGUCGUCAUGUGAAAAUAAUAUUGCAAAUUAAAAUACUUACAAAAUUUUCAA